AAAAAAAAAAAGGAAAAGAAGAAAGAGUGAAAACUACAAAUCCAUUGCUGAGAUGAGGAAAUUCGAUCCAUGGCCGGUGUUCUUCAAGAGAGAGUGGAAUCGCAACUGGCCUUUCCUCGUCGGGUUCGCUGUUACCGGGGCCAUCAUCACCAAGUUCUCUCUCGGCCUCACCGGAGGACGCGAAGAACUCCCCCUUUGUGCAGAGGCACAAGAAAUGAAAGUAUCACUACUUACUUCAUUUGCUCGGUCACGGGACAAGGCCAUUGAGCUGAUACCUUUCCCGUUUUGCAUUGUUUCCUUUCGUAUUAGUUAUCAUCUGGAUGAUAAUAGCUCUUGUGAUGGGAUAAAACCAUUUGAAUUUAUUUCUGGAGCAAAUGUUCGAAGCAGAUAUGUAGAGGCUGCGGUGGGUCUGGAGAUCAGAAAACUAAAGGCAGCUUUUGAUAAGGUUUAUAAACCUUAUGCUGCCAGUGUUAUGACUAAAGAAAGGGAGUGA